GUCCACCCCUUUGGGUGGAGUCUCGCUUUUUCUUUCGCGUGUUGGCUGACUUACAGCUUCUCUAAAGUAGAGGCAGUUUCUGAACCCUAGGCAGCUGCCUCGCAGUUCUAGCUGGUGAGCGCCAAUGCACAGCGCUGCCGGGAACGAGCCUCUUUCCUGAGCCCCGGCUCUCUCACUUCUGGAAUUAUCUCACCAUCCACAUUUCUCUACUUUGAGAACUCCCCCACGUCAUGGACCUCGUCGGGCUGCUGAAGUCCCAGUUUCUGUGCCACCUGGUCUUCUGCUAUGUGUUCAUCGCCUCGGGGCUCAUUGUCAAUGCCAUCCAGCUGUGCACACUGGUCCUCUGGCCCAUCAACAAGCAGCUGUUCCGCAAGAUCAAUGGCAGACUGUGCUACUGCGUCUCCAGCCAAUUGGUGAUGCUUCUGGAAUGGUGGUCAGGCACGGAGUGUACCAUCUACACCGACCCAAGGUCCUCCCUGCACUACGGGAAGGAAAAUGCCAUCGUGGUUCUCAACCAUAAAUUUGAGAUUGACUUUCUCUGUGGCUGGAGCCUGGCUGAGCGCCUUGGGAUCCUGGGGAACUCCAAAGUCUUGGCCAAGAAAGAGCUGGCUUACGUCCCAAUCAUUGGCUGGAUGUGGUACUUCGUAGAAAUGAUCUUCUGCACGCGCAAGUGGGAGCAGGAUCGGCAGACGGUCGCCAAGAGCCUGCUGCACCUCCGGGACUACCCAGAAAACUAUCUGUUCCUGAUUCACUGUGAGGGCACAAGGUUCACAGAGAAGAAACACCAGAUCAGCAUGCAGGUGGCCCAAGCCAAGGGGCUGCCCAGUCUCAAGCACCACCUGCUGCCACGCACCAAGGGCUUUGCUAUCACCGUGAAGUGCUUGCGAGAUGUAGUCCCAGCUGUAUAUGACUGUACACUCAAUUUCAGAAACAAUGAAAACCCAACACUGCUGGGAGUCUUAAAUGGAAAGAAAUAUCAUGCGGACUGCUAUGUUAGGAGGAUCCCGAUGGAAGACAUCCCAGAGGACGAGGACAAGUGCUCAGCCUGGCUACACAAACUCUACCAGGAGAAGGAUGCCUUUCAGGAGGAAUACUACAGGACAGGGGUCUUCCCAGAGACCCCCUGGGUCCCCCCACGCCGGCCUUGGGCUCUGGUCAACUGGUUGUUCUGGGCGUCGCUGCUGCUCUAUCCUCUCUUCCAGUUCCUCGUGAGCAUGGUCAGCAGCGGUUCUUCAGUGACGCUGGCUAGCUUGGUUCUCAUCUUUUGUAUGGCCUCCAUGGGAGUUCGAUGGAUGAUUGGCGUGACAGAAAUCGACAAGGGCUCUGCCUACGGCAAUAUCGACAACAAACAGAAACAAACAGACUGACCUGGGAACGUCGCCUCCAAAGGGAACCUUGGGAACUGUUGGCCCCUGCCUAGCCUUCUUAGUAGGGUUCAGUGAUGGAGCUGGGGAGCCUUGCUGGGAGGAGCAGAAGCCAGAGCCCCUCUAGUCACUGAGUUUUUCUCAGCGCUGGAGGGGAAAACGAAGAUGUCCUUUGAUGCAGACUCUGUCUACAGUUCUUAAACCCUUUCCCGUGUGAAUUUUUGGAUUUGGUUAUCUUUUCAGUUGCGCUCACGCGCACGUGUGUGUGUGUAUAUGUGUGUAUAUGUGUGUAUAUGUGUGUACAUGUGUGAGAGAGGAGAAUGGCGUGUUCAUUUGUGACCCUGGGACAAUGGGUCUCUGAGGCUGCAGGGAAGGGCGGGGCUGGGGUGAAAGGGAAGGUGGAAGGUGUCCCUGCCACCCCGUGGUGCUGCGUCUUUAACCCUCAUUGCCAGCUACGGAGUCAACAGUGCUUUAGAUAAGACGACUAAAUUAUGCCUCCAAAUAAGAAAAAAAAGUGUUUUAUCUGG